CAGCUAUAUACCGGUAGCUACACGGCACGAGUCGAGCGAUCGAUGCAGCAACCACUGUAUCGUACACUAUAGCCAAGCUCUUCGAGUUCAUCUUCGUCAUCACAUCCGUCCAAGAUCACGCAUCGCCCCACACUUCAGCCUUAUUCGCCGCGAGCUGCUCCUUCGCCUCUGCAUCUGCGUCAGCAUCAGUACGUCCACUUGAUCCUCACGGACGUUUCGUCGAAUUCGCCCUGCUUCGGCAGCCUUGCGCUCUUUGCCUAGUUAGCCAGUCUCAUAUUCGCCGUGACCAUCGCAACGGUAAUCGACCCGCCGACUAAGAAAUCUCAAGUCUCGCGGACCAUCGCGCUGCAUAGUCCAUCCCUCCGCGGCUUUACCCGCAUUUAUCCGGUUCACUGACUCAAUGAUGGUUAGAUACGGCGUUGGCCUCUCUUCAUCCUCCAGCAGCUCUAGCCUGUCAAGUCUUGAUGAUGGAUACGUCCACGCUGGAUCGCAGAGCCCGCUCACGCCGAGACGGCAUGGCGGAGCAGAGUACAGCAGCAGCCUCUCUGCAGCUCACGACAGGGCAAGCUCUUCUCAUCUGACGUUGAAUGGCGAUGAGCUUUACAGCAGCUUGACCACUCCACCUUCUGCUCUCCGGAGCUCGUCUGCUGCGAAACUCGCCUCCAACUCAGCACGCCGUGACAGAUCCGUCAGCUUUCAAAGAACGGCAAGUUCACCAGAGCCGCCCUCUUCACCCAUUGAUACUCCCAGUCUCCCCCGUCGAUCCGUCCACGCUGCUUCUUGUCCUGGUCAGCAAAGUCGAGGCAAAUCUCCAUCUUGGUUCACUCGAGGCAAUGAAGGUGGAUCGAUCGAUGAUCAGAGUUCCACAGGCUCCGAAGAUGAUAGCGAAGAGGAGCAAUGGCCUGUCCGACCCGCCAUUACCGCUCGACCUCGCGCUGCAGGUGGAGAGCGGAGGCAGCACCUGAAUGCUAGGGCGAAGGAGGAGGAUGCCGCGUUUCAACAACGAGUUCACUUGGCUGCACAAACGAAUGGCUGGGACGAAGAUGAAGAGCGGGAGAGACGGAGCAUCCUUAAGCAGAUCGCGAAAAGGUCGAGGAGUGCUUCGGUCGCUUUGCUCUUUUCUCCUCCUGCUCGGGAGCAGAACAAAGGGACGGAUCUGGAGGAUGUCCAAGACGUGACGAAUCUCUUAGAAAGCCUGCGUCUCAGACAAGCAGAGCAGGAGAGGACGGAGAAAGAAGCUUUCGAAAGAAGGGAAAAAGCGCUUUGGGAACAAAUUGAGCUCGCGAUAGAGCAUGAAGAGCGCGAAGCGGCGCGUCGCGCGAAAGAAGAAGGCGAGCGAUUAGCAGCUUCCAGAGCCGCUCAAGCUGCAGCCGAAAAGAGAGCCAAAGAAGCGCGAGAAGCUGAGGAGAGGCUAAUAGCCAAGGAGAAGGAGGUUAAGGAGAAGAUGGAUAGAGAACAGAAAGAGGAGGCUGCUAGGGAAGCUGCGAAGGCUCAAGAAGCUAAGCGGGAUGAAGAGGAGGCUGCAAGAGUAGAGUCACAAGGCGGGGGAGCUUCUUUGAAGACAGAAGCAAAGGUGGAAUGGGAGCGUUGGCGUCGAGAGAUGACUCGCAUCAAAACCGAGGUCCUGCCUGCCGUGUCUAGCAAUCCCGUCUGGCGGAAGCAAUGCUUUCAGGCGAAGCGCGCGAUCACGCCUAAGAUUGGUCAGCUCACGAACACACGCUCUGAGAUCAUCCGAAUUACCAUGGACAUCGGCAGCACGAUUAGCGCAGCUCGAGACGCUUCUCCGGGUGGAGAGACGUACACAUGGAUGCUGAAUCACCUCUGCAAAUGCCUGAUUCGUCAGGCAGAGCAAGAAGUGACCGCCAAGCAGGACACUGCUUUUCCCUUGGCUCGAGUUGUCAUCUGGUUGCUGUUGGAGGGGCACACUCAGCUUGGAGAGGUCUUGAUGGCCAGGUUGACGAAAAAGUGUUGCUGGGUCUUGGGUUUUGUGCCGGAACGACCAGCCAGCAUGGACAGCGCAGAGCACGCAAAACUCAUUGGUCGCGCAUCGCCUGAAGAGAGCUCUCUACAGUUCACUUCCAGAAUGUGUGGCAUUCUUGCCUUUUACAGCGCGUGUAUCACGAUCAAGCCCACGAUCCCGCCUUCUGGCAAGGCCCUCGACUUAAAUUUGAUACCGGCUCACUUCCGACCUUCUGCUCUCUGGACAUGGCAAGCCAGAUGCGUCACGCCUCCCAUGACGGAUCACGCUCUCUCACCCGCUCUCUGGGCUACACUGCUUGAGGUUGCUGGACCGAACCUCUUGCAGGUGUACUCAAGACAGAUUGUCAAGCUCUGGAACCUUUUGCUCGAGCAGGGUAUUCGACAGGCUAAAGCUGGCUUUGUCAAGGACGAGUCGGCUAAUGCUGCGACGACGAGGUUGAGACUUUUGCUCGAGGACUGGAGCAAGGAGGGAAAGAUCUGCAAUCCUACACCGGGGUCUGAGAUGCUGUCGCAAUGAUAAGGUGUGGCCCAGUAAUACUCCCAAGGGUCCAUUAUGCACACACAUCAAUUACAUUUCCGAAGACCUUUGCAACUAAGUAAUCUAUUCAGUAGCUUG